GUAACAUUUAACACCACAGAAAGGGUUAAAUAACAGCGAUGGAGUCACGAGUCUGUGGAGAGUAAAGGAAAGUUGUCUUUAACUGUGUGUCGUGAUCAGAUCUGGAUCACAUGAAGCAGAUUGAGCCGUUUAAACUCCGAGCUGGAAGUUCCGUGUUGUUAGCGGUUAGCUUCAGGUCGCUUCGCUCUUUGAGCUGCCGGGUUGUAAAACCUGGGUUAAAGUCAGUUUGGUGUCAGCUGGCAAGUAACGGGACCUGUGGCCCACAGUUCUGUUGAUGUAUUGUAUGUAUUUAUACUUUAAUGUGGACCACAGUGAACUACAGUAGCUGUGUACUGUUAGCCAGAGGCUAAUGCUAACAGUAACCGGAGCCGUUCACCAGCUCUACCGGAUCCUGUCGGUGUGAACGGGCUGAACGUGGAUGCUCAGCAGGUCACUGACUGAUUCUGGAUCAGUGUGUUUGAAUCAAAGUGUCGUUAAAGGUCGAGGAGCUCACAGUUACUGUGGAGUCUCAGACUCUGAGGUCAACAUGUUUCCGUGACAACAAGAUUGCAGUCCACAGUGCACCCCUCUGGGACCGCGUCCACUAUCAGCAUGCAACUCACCUAUGAGAAGCUGCCAGCUCAGCUGAGGCGGAGCUCCAGACUCCGGAAGCUGGCGGUCUUGCUGCUCGCCGCCUACUCAGUCAAAAAACUGUCACCAUACAUCUGGAGGAGGUUACAGAGGAGUGCUGCAGGUAAACAGCUGGGUGGAGCUAGUCUGCCUGUGGGUGUGGUCAGCACCUCCUCCUCCACCUCUGUGAACAAUAAUGGAGGCAAGAAGGAGAAGAGAGACAGCAGGUCUCCAUCAGUGAACAGGGACUUUAUCCUCAGACUGUCUCGUCUGUUGAAGCUCUUGUUUCCACGGUUACUGUGUCCAGAGAUCGGUCUGCUGGCUCUGCACUCUCUCACUCUGAUGUCCAGAACCUUCCUGUCAAUCUACGUCGCUGCUCUGGACGGUGUGAUCGUGAAGUGCAUCGUUCAGAAGGAUCCUCAGGCCUUCGUGCUGCAGCUCUCUAAGUGGCUCCUCGUCGCUGUUCCUGCGACUUUCAUCAACAGUGCCAUCCGAUUCCUGGAAGGUCAGCUGUCCCUCAGGUUCAGAGGCCGAUUGGUCGACCACGCCUACCAACUGUACUUCACCAACCAGACUUACUACCGCGUCAGUAACAUGGACGGUCGUCUGUCCAACCCUGAUCAGUCUCUCACCGAGGACAUCGUCAUGUUUUCGGCCUCCGUCGCCCAUCUCUACUCCAACCUGACCAAACCCAUCCUGGAUGUGAUCGUCACCUGCUACACCCUGCUACGCACCGCCCAGUCCAAAGGAGCGAACACCACAUGGCCGUCCGUCAUCGCUGGCCUGGUGGUGGUGCUCACCGCCAAAGUCCUGCGCUCCUGCUCGCCUCGAUUCGGGAAGCUGGUGGCCGAGGAGGCGAGGAGGAAAGGAGACCUGAGAUACAUGCACUCUCGCAUCAUCGCCAACUCUGAGGAGAUCGCAUUUUAUGGGGGACACAAGGUGGAGAUGGCCCAGCUGCAGAGGAGCUACAUGUCUCUGUCCUCUCAGAUCCACCAGAUCCUGCUGAAGCGUCUCUGGUACAUCAUGCUGGAACAGUUCCUCAUGAAGUACGUAUGGAGCGCCUCCGGCCUGGUGAUGGUCGCUGUGCCCAUCAUCACUGCCACAGGAUACUCCAAAUAUGACUCUGAGGAGGUGAAGCAGGCAGCCAUGGUGAUGAAGGAGGAGGAGCUGGUGAGUGAGAGGACGCAGGCCUUCACCACUGCCAGAAACCUCCUCAAUGCUGGAGCCGAUGCUGUCGAGAGGAUCAUGAGCUCAUACAAGGAGGUGACAGAGCUGGCAGGUUACACUGCUCGGGUCUCUGAGAUGCUGGACGUGUUCGAAGAUGUGAAUGAGGGAAUUUACCGUCGCUCUGCGGACAGAGAGAAGUUAACGGGUGGAGCAGGAGGAGAUGGAGGUGCUGUGGUUCAGCACGGCCAGAGAGUCUGUGGUCCACUGGAGAUCAGAGGUCAUGUGAUCAGUGUGGAGAAGGGGAUUCGCUGUGAGAACCUGCCAAUCAUUACACCGACCGGAGAUGUGGUGGUUUCUAGCCUCAACAUCCAGGUGGAUGAAGGCAUGAACGUGUUGAUCACAGGUCCAAAUGGCUGCGGUAAGAGUUCUCUGUUCAGGAUCCUCAGUGGACUGUGGCCUGUUUAUGGGGGAGUCCUGUACCGCCCGGAACCACAGCACAUGUUCUACAUACCACAGAGGCCCUACAUGUCAGAGGGGACCCUCAGGGACCAGGUGAUUUAUCCAGACUCUGUGGAGGAGAUGGUUCAGAGAGGAGUCUCAGAUACAGAUCUGGAGGAGAUCCUUCGGACUGUCCACCUGCUCUACAUCCUUGACAGAGAGGGAGGCUGGGAGUCAGUCAGUGACUGGAAAGACGUUCUGUCUGGAGGAGAGAAACAGAGGAUGGGAAUGGCUCGCAUGUUCUACCACCGCCCUCGCUAUGCUCUGUUGGACGAGUGUACAAGUGCCGUCAGCAUUGACGUGGAGGGAAACAUCUUCCAAGCUGCAAAGGAUGCUGGGAUAGCCCUGCUGUCAAUCACACACAGACCCUCCCUGUGGAAGUACCACUCUCACCUGCUGCAGUUUGAUGGAGAAGGAGGAUGGAAGUUUGAACCUCUGGACGCUUCUACUCGUCUGUCUCUGCAGGAGGAGAAACAUCGGCUGGAGAACCAGCUGUCAGGGAUUCCCAGGAUGCAGCAGAGACUGGCGGAGCUCUGUCUCCUCUUGGGGGAACGACAGGAGGAGGAGGAGUGAACCACAGAUGAAGAGGAGUCUCUCAGUCUCUGAUGGAGGAAAUAUGAUGAUUUUACUGGUUACCAUGGAGACACACAUAGAGCAGGUCGAUCAUGUGACGGAACUGCUUUUUAACUUGGACUCUCCUCAGGCUGACCAGAGUUUGUGUCCUGAGUCCACCGUCAGUGAUCCUGAUCAGAACUGGUAUCAUGAAGCUGGACAUGAACUGGACCAGUUCACCUUACCAGUCCAGCUGUGAGCUGCAGCUGGUUUUGACUGAUUACAGAGAAACAGAAAGAAUCUAAUGACAGCGCUAGAAGAAACACCACAAGUCAUGUAGAAAUAUUAACAGAAGGCUACGAGGUGUGUGGGUUCUUCUGUCUGUAGUUGUCUGUUCUGAAAGUGAUUCAGAGAAAAAGGAUCCUGUAGGAAUGACGUCACUCUGUCUCCUGUGAUCUGAUUGGUCUGUGGUCCAGCUCUGAACAGAUUUAAGUUAACCUGAUCUGUUACCAUGGUGAUCUACCUGGUUAACAAUUAGCUUCAUGAUACCGGAGAGCUGAUGACUCACUGAUGUCACUUACUGGUUCAGGCUCCUGAAAACAAACUGAUCUGAUAUCAGCUGAUUCUGAGGAAAUCAGCUGUGACUCAGUGGUCAGUGAUUCGCCGCAAAGAAACAAUCAGAAUAAACCUGACGAGUCAGAGUCAGUCACAGGCUGACUCCGGUCAUUUUGACGUCAUGUGACCAACUGCAGGUCAUUUUUGAAAUUGUGCCAAUUUGAGUCUUUUAUUGUUUUUACAAUCGGGUGGUUUUACUGGAGCUGCGUCAUCUGAUUCAGGCUUAUAUACGUUCAUAUAUACAUAUUCAUAUAUGUACUCAGUUUGUAUUGAGCAGCUCAGCUGAUGAUCAAUUAAUUAAAAACAUUAAUAAUUUAGUGUUUGAUCCAUGAAGAUGUUUAAUGUUUAUAUUGACACUUUGUAUGAAGAUGAUGAUUCAGUAGAAAAUAAAUAUGAUA